AUGGAGUGUAUGCCGCUGUUGCAAGCCCAGUGGAACCUGUUCACGACUGCUCUUCACGUUUUGCAAGAGCAGGGAAGAUCAGCUUCCUUUUGCAUUGAACGCUUCAAAAACUGUGAUGAAGACUUCAUGUUUUACACUGGUCUACCGGGAGAGAAUGAACUAUUUUUACUUCUUGUGAGACUAUGUCUUGGUCUCUUCGAAGCAGACUUGGCACACAGGUUUUCCAUUGCGCAGUCCACAGUGUCAAGGAUUGGCAUGUCCUGGUUGAAUUUCCUAUAUGCAAAGUUGAGCUCAUUUCCCCUGUGGGCACUAAGGGAAACAACAGAUGCAAUGAUGCCAGGCGAUUUUGUUAAGAAAGACGCAUCAACGAGGGUAAUUCUGGAUGCAACGGAGGUGCAGUGUGAAGUGCCGACCUCUCUGUCGCUUUAG